AUGGCCUCCUCUUCGGAUUCAACAGCCUUGCAGACCCCUGCAUCGCAUCCUCGUCUACCUUUCGACGUCGAGUUCUUUAUAAUCCGAGAUCUAAUAGAAGUCUACAAGCAUGACGAGAAACGCCUGGCACCUUUGGCCACUGUCUCUGAAACUUGGCAACGGAUUGUGGAGAAGCACACUUUUCAGGACUUUAAACUGAGUGUACAGGAGCUCCCCGUUUUCCAGGGCUUUGUUCAAAGAGGGCGGCUACAACUUAUCAAAUCCAUCACCCUCAAAGUCCGUACAAGCCCCUCCUGGCACGAAGAUUGCGACUGGGAUAUCUUCCAAAAUAUUCUGUCUAGCCUAGUUUCGUCCACCACCGCUAUUGAGUCUAUACGCAUAGAGAGAUGGUGGAAUGUGUUUGGCAUUUGCGACAGUCGCGCUCCCGGUUUUGUUAAUGUUGAGACUUGA